AUGGCCGAGGUCGGAACUUUGAUCGCCAUCGUCCAGCUCGCUGACAGAGUCGUUGGACUCUGCAGUUACUGGAUUGAGGCAGUCCGAGAUGCUCCUGCAACCCUCCGCUCUAUUCUUCUGGAAACCUCGAUGCUCCAGACAAUCUUCAAUCACAUUGAAUUCCUGACCAGCUGCGACAAUACUGUAUCAACCGCCUUCAGUAACCUCUCAAAGCCCGAUGGCCCGCUUGAGCAUUGCCACAGGAUACUGGCAAGCUUGAUCGACCUGUUUCCAGAUGGAGAUAUUUACACGGCACGUAUUACCUCCUCAACCAGAGAAAGGGUCACGGUGAUGGCGGCAAGGCUAGCGUGGCCGUUCAAGGAACCUAAAGCUCGAAAACUACUUGAGGAAAUGAGUCGGUACAAGGCGGCCAUUACGUUGGCACUAACUGCUGAAUCUACUCAAGAUAUUAAGGACAUCAAAGCGAAAGUAAGAGGGGUGUACGACAUGUUGACUGAAAGUCAACGCAACGAAUUUUGUCGAUGGCUUCAGAGUACGGAUCCGUCUCCUCUCCAUAAUCGAUCUCGGAAACUGGUUGAAGACGGAACCUGCAACUGGAUGCUGCGAUUGCCCGAAUGGGCCGAUUGGGUCGCCGCAAAAUACCGGUGUCUCUGGAUACAUGGGAUCCCUGGUGCUGGGAAGACAGUGCUGGCGUCUUACUUGGUCGACACGGUUGCAUCCCACUGCCAGGAUGAGCUUGGGUCAAAGUGUGCUACCCUCUACUAUUAUUGUUAUUUCGGUCAUAACCAGGACGAAAGCGCCCCUUUGUUGCGAUGGAUAGUAACUCAGCUCUGCCGCCAGGCAGAAGCCGUCCCGGCUGAAGCCUAUGCCGUCUUCAAACAGAGGUGUGAACCUAGUCUUCCGAAACUCCUUGAUGCUCUGGCAACUAUUCUUGAUGGUUUCCAAACCGUCUUUGUCAUUGUUGAUGCCCUGGAUGAGAGCAAGCCCCGAGGCGAUCUACUCAAGACCCUCCGGGAUCUAGCCACCGAUCCGCGCUUUAGCAAAAUCCAGCUCUUGGUCACGAGCCGUGAGUAUAUCGAUAUCGAGAGGGCGCUUGACGAGAUAUCUAAACGGGUAUCGAUGUCCAAUUCUUUUAUUGAACGGGAUAUACUUCUUUAUGUUCGGUCGAACUUGCAAAAGAAUACCAAAUUUAGGCGCUGGAGUUCUCAACUGCUUGAUGAGGUAGAGGCUAUUCUGUCCACUCGAGCGAAAGGAAUGUUCCGCUGGGCUGUUUGCCAACUCGAUCGCCUCCAACGACUCAAGGGUGAACCUCGGAUUAUCAGACAUGCUCUCGCAACGCUCCCAAGGACACUGGACGAAACAUAUGAAAGGAUCUUCCUCGAAAUUCCGGACGAGGAGCGGUCAUUUGUACAACAGUGUUUGAGGUGGAUUCAUUUCCACGAUCAGCAAUACAAUCAUAACAUCCCUUGCGCUAUUCUUCUCCAGGCCCUCGAGUCAAGAAAUCACAAACCACGAGAACCUAAAGAUGAGUGCCCAUAUGACGAACAAGACCUCAAGGAACUCUGUGGUUGCCUGGUGCAGGUAUCUCCAGGGUAUGGCUUUAAGAUUUUCGACCCCGGGAAUCGAUUGAUACAUGAAGCAAUUCCGGUUGUUUCAUUCGCCCACUACACCGUGCGCGAGUUUCUUGAUUCAGAUCGUAUUUGUACCAGCCCUGUCGCCUUUUUCAAGCUUGAAAAGCAAAUGCAGCUUGAUAUUCAACGGACGAUCUUAAUCACUGCGCUGGAAUUCAGAGCAUCUGACUUCGAAAAUCUGGAUCUGGAAGACGACCACAAGGACUUGAAAGAUGACUACGAGGACCUAGAUGACUACGAGGACCUAGAUGACUACGAGGACCUAGAUGACUACGAGGACCUAGAAGACAACCACAAGGACCUGGAAGAAGACAAGGACCUCACAGUCUACAUUUUUCGCAGCUUAACGAACGAUUUUCGCUCAUAUUGUGCUGUCUCAGCAAUUUUCUCUCUAUCCUCCCAUCUAAGCGAGAUCAUUAGUCACCAGGACCUCAACGACCACCUGUUCGACAUGCUCAAUCCAGCAGGCGUUCACGCCGAACCAAUUAUGCGAUUUCUAGAGCUCUGUCAAGAAUCCAUUCUUAUAAUCAGCGAAAAUAACUCGUUCCAUGAACUGUCCGGAUUCGAAUUUGCGUCAGUGCACUGGAGGUCUACUGAUAAAGCUAGCCGGGCCCUCGAGUGUGCCAUGUUUCUAUUUUCCAUUCUCAUACUUGCAGAGAACUUCGAGCCGCUAGCGAAAGAAUUUUUCCAGAAAAUCGGGCAAAGCCUAGAUUUUAUACACACACCAUUACAGUUUACAAUAUUGCUAACAGACACUGACGAAAACCCCAUGUGGUGUGAGUUUGAUGGGCGGAUGGUUGAGUUUUUCGCCCAAGUACAGGGUGAUGAUGUCGGUGGAAAACGUCUCAAAUUCAUCCUAGAUCAGGGAGCAACUCUACAUAACCCUACAGCAGUACUGUACUCCUACGUUGGGAGACGUCGAGUUGGCCAAGACGAUGAAGAUCGAUAUCUCAGCGAUCCGGCGCUGUUAAAUCGUAUAUUGGAACUUGGCUGUGACCUGAAUGGAGAGGGGUUCGCGGUAACGCCUUUGCAGAUUGCUGUAGCAGCUUUCGACUUUGCUGAAGUUGAGACACUGCUCCGUGCAGGAGCGGAUCCAAAUAAGUUGGGAGACCCGGACGGCGUUCGGUGGUCUGGCAUAUUCAGUAACUUCGAACAUUUAGAAGGCUUGAGUGCUCUCUCUAUUUGCCAAGAUGGAUCUAUAGAGGCACGCUUGGAAGAUGAACAGAAGAUGCUUGAGGUGCUCCUGAUCCAGCAUGGAGCUAAAUCUUCUACUAUAAUGUAA